UUACCAGGCUGGCAGCAUGGCAGAGCAGCCCUGCCCGCUGCCUGUUUCCAGUCCUCCCCACCUGGGCACAGCCCCUCGCCUGGGGCCCGUGGGGAGCCCCACACUCCUGGCAGCCCAAGCCCACCCCAGGGACAGGUGGAGCAAGAAACUGGAUUUCCUGCUGUCGGUGGUUGGAUUUGCUGUGGAUCUGGGCAACGUCUGGAGGUUCCCCUACAUCUGCUACCAAAACGGAGGGGGAGCCUUUCUCAUCCCUUACACAUUGAUGGCUGUUUUUGGAGGGGUUCCCCUCUUCUACAUGGAGCUGGCACUGGGGCAGUUCCACCGGACUGGCGCCAUCCCCAUCUGGAAGCGCAUCUGCCCCAUCUUCAAAGGCACUGGCUUUGCCAUUUGCAUCAUUGGCCUGUAUGUCUCCUUCUACUACAACACCAUCAUCGCCUGGGCUCUCUACUACUUCUACUCGUCCUUCUCGGGCACCCUGCCCUGGGCGAGCUGUGACAACCCCUGGAACACCCCCAACUGCACCAAUUACUUUGGGAGGAGUAAUGUGACCUGGACCAACUUCUCCAGGUCCCCUGCAGAGGAGUUCUACACGAUGAAGGUCUUGGAGAUCCAGAAGUCUGGGGGCCUCUAUGAUGUGGGGGGGAUCCGCUGGCAGCUGCUCCUCUGCCUCUUCCUUAUCUUCACCAUUGUCUACUUCAGCCUGUGGAAAGGGGUGAAAACAUCAGGGAAGGUGGUGUGGGUGACAGCCACCCUGCCCUACGUCGUUCUCUUCAUCCUGCUAGUCCGAGGGGCCACCCUACCCGGCGCCUGGAGGGGAGUCCUCUUCUACCUGCGCCCGGACUGGGGCAAGCUCCUGAGCACCGCGGUUUGGGUUGAUGCUGCUGCACAGAUUUUCUUCUCCUUGGGCCCUGGCUUUGGUGUCCUCCUUGCUCUGGCCAGUUACAACCAUUUCCACAACAACUGCUACCGGGAUGCUCUUGUCACCAGUGCUGUGAACUGCCUCACCAGCUUCCUCUCAGGCUUCGUCAUCUUCACCGUGCUGGGCUACAUGGCCGAGAUGAGGGACGUGGAGGUGGAGGAUGUGGCCAGGGAUAAAGGGCCAAGCCUCCUUUUCAUCACCUACCCCGAAGCGAUCGCCAACAUGGUGGGAUCCACCUUCUUCGCCCUCAUCUUCUUCCUGAUGAUGAUCACACUGGGGCUGGACAGCACGUUUGGGGGUCUGGAGGCAGUGAUCACAGCUGUGAUGGAUGAGUACCCCCAAGUCCUGGCUGGCCGAAGGGAGCUCUUUGUCCUGGGCCUCAUCACAGUCUGUUUCCUGGGCUCCCUGAGCACCCUCACCUAUGGGGGAGCUUACGUGGUGAAGCUGCUGGAGGAGUUUGGUGCUGGCUGCUCAAUCCUGGCAGUGGUGCUACUGGAGACAAUAGCUGUCUCCUGGUUUUAUGGGAUACAGAGGUUCUCCCAUGAUGUGAAAGCCAUGCUGGGCUUCAGCCCAGGGAUGUUCUGGAAGGUGUGCUGGGUGGCCAUCAGCCCUGCCUUGCUAGCGUUCAUAGUCAUCAGCUCCCUCCUGGACCAGCCACCUCUGACACUCUUUGACUACCAGUACCCUGAGUGGAGCAUCUCCGUGGGGUACCUCAUAGGAGCAUCCUCCUUCAUCUGCAUCCCCUUCUACAUGGUGUACAAGCUUGUCUGGACACCAGGGUCCCUCAAGCAGCGCCUCGCUGUCUGCAUCCGGCCAGAGAAGAGCACACAAGACCCCCAGGCAGAGGUGGUGUCCUUGUCACCUGUCCCAUAGCCUGGUGGCAUGUCCAGGGGAUGCAGAGACUGCUUCGACCUCCCGUUCCUGCCCUGGCAGGGCAAUGUGGCAGGCAGAAGAGAAGCUGCUUCAGCAUCCUCACAGCAACCAGCCCCGUGUGUGUCCCCAGGCACCUGCGGGUGCCAGUGGCAGCUCCUCGGCCACCAUCUCUUGUCGUGUCCAAGCAUUUUGCUGCACCACCAGCAGGUGCCUGGGGUCGCUGUGGGCAGGUAAACCUCUGACCCACAGCAGGGAGAGCAAGACCCGCUGCUGAGCCCUGUCAGAUGGAAGCCAAGGUUCAAACUGCUUUGGUUCGGAGGUGGACCCUCAACUCCCCGUGAAGAUGAAGGCCCUGGACAGUGGCCAAGGGCAAAGAGCCAUGAAUGCACCUUGCUUAGAUGCUUCUGAGCCCAGGGUGCCAAGCUGCUGGGCACGAGUGCUGCAUGCCUUUAGCCACGGAGAAUAAAGCUGAUGUGGAGUGC